UCGAAAAAAAAAAUCCAGUAUUGAGCAUCGUUUGGUUUAUCUGUCAGCUGUUUGCCAUUAUCUGACCAUGGUAAUUGCGAACUGAAUGGUAUUGGUUGGUUAAUUGAGGUGGCAGAUUACCUUUUCGAUCAGUGGGCACCCUUGGUUGCAAUGGAAAAUUUUUAGUUAAUGAUUUAUGGUUGUGUGUGAGAACUUGCAGGGGAUGGGAACGCAAGUUCUAAAUGCCACCACAGUUGGAAACGGAGAACUUUUCAGACUUGGAAAUUUGGGACAUGUUUGUUGCAAUUUUUUUCACUGUAAUGAUUGAUGAAACUAUGCACUUUAUGUAGCAGUUGCGUUACUAGUUGAAGAGAGGUUGAAGGAGGAGCGUGAUAAAGAGGGUAACUAGAGGGACUAAUUUUAGUAUUUUCCGAACUCUGUAGGCUAAAUAACGGCACAUAUAAAAAAUCCUUUGUCCCUGUUUUUCUAGUAAUCGAGGGAUUAAUAUAUCUUUAUUCUUCAUGUGUGACAGCUGCUUCAUUCUUAAAUCUGAUGCAACAUUUGUAAGUCAAAUGUGGAUUCAAAGUAUGAUGGGGAAGAUUCGUUGAUUUAGUGAAACACUUUAGUUUCAUUGCAUACCUCAAAUAUAUGCCUAUGAGAGCUGCAUGCCGUUCUCAAUCACAUAUUUUCUGAGAGAAAAAAAGAAAGAUACAAAUAGAAGGGUUUUUUGACGACGUCCUACGGUAAAUCUCAACUAAAUGCUAUUGCUGCCAUGAUCAUGGCAUCUUCACGUUUGUUUCAGAGUUUCAUUCGUGACAGGUAGAAAUCACCUCUUUUUAAUAUAAUCAACAGAAAGAAGGAAAUGUAACAACACAGAGAGAUUCUAAUUUCCAAAAAUUGAGAAGCUUGCAAAAGCAUUGAGCAGAUUUAUCUCUAAAACUAAAAGAAUCAACUAAUUAUUAAAGAAUAACAUCUUUACAGUUACCAAUUGAAAUUCAUGGAGAUAAAAUUCUAGGAGGGUCACAGUAUGAAAUACCUAAAUUCAGAGUGUAAACGGCUUCUCCCGGCUUUAACAGGAAGAUAGAAGACUGAGUGAAGGAAAUAACUGCAUUCAUGUUUUCAAGGAAACCUUUUAAGAUUGAUUAUGCAAUUGGAUUUGAUUUACAGAUACCCUUACAUGAGAUGAUCUGCGUUUCUAUUAUUGCUGAAGUAUCCAGGCCACGUCUUGCCUCAGCGCGUGCAAGCCACAUGGCCAGUUUAUAUACGCAAACACACGUCUCCUUUUCCUCUUUUUCCCAACAGCUGCAAGUUCCACUCGUUAGUUGUUCUUCUUAAAGUUCGUUUCCCUCCUUUUUUUUCUCCAUCCAAUGUUGAUUUCCAUGGCCCAAACGGUACCACCAAAGUUCUGUAUCUCUUCACAUAGCCAAAACCACAGAGACAGCUCUGUCAAAUCUCAAAAGGUCUUCUUUUCUGGUAAAGCAUAUUCAAAUUCUACACCUUUGUCAUCCCAUUUACACAGUUCUUGUACCACGGUAUCCAUAUCGUCCUUGGCUACUAAAGCAGAAGAAUAUAAAAUAUCUGAUUGCAACAGAAAAAUCUGUGAAUUAUCUGAAGUGGGUAAUCUUAGGAAAGCCAUAGAAUUGCUUCACAUGUCUCCAAAAACCAAAAUUGAAUGUAGUACUUACUGUUCAGUAUUGCAGCUUUGUGCUGAGACUAACUCUCUACAAGAUGGCAAACAAGUUCAUUCGAUUAUUUGCUCUAAUGGGGUUCCAGUUGUUGGUGCUUUGGGAACAAAACUCGUAUUUAUGUAUGUAAGUUGUGGGGACAUAAGAGAAGGGAGGUUAAUAUUUGAUGAGAUUGCAAAUGAGAAAGUUUUUCUUUGGAAUUUAAUGUUAACUGGGUAUGCAAGAAUCGGCGAUUUUGACGAAAGCGUACAUAUAUUCAGGAAGAUGUUGGAUUUGGGAAUUGAAGUGAAUUCGCAUACGAUUUCCAGCAUUUUGAAGUGUUUUGCAGCACUAGGAAAUCUUAAGGAAGGUGAAUGGGCUCAUGGGUAUUCGUUGAAAUUGGGUUUUGGUUGCCAUAUUGUUGUUGUCAAUUCUCUAAUAAAUUUUUAUUUCAAGAUUAGAAAAGUUGAAAGUGCACGUAAGUUGUUUGAUGAAUUGAGCAACCGAGAUACUAUUUCAUGGAACUCUAUGGUAAGUGGUUACGUGGAAAAUGAUCUUCCCGAGAAAGGACUGCUGGUUUUCAAAGAGAUGUUGCAUGUGGGAGUUGACAUGGAUUUGGCUACUGUAAUCAGUGUCCUUGCAGCUUGUGUGAAUUAUGGUAAUAUUCAGUUGGGUAGGGCAGUUCAUGCUUUAGCUUUAAAAGCCUGUUUUGAUAGGAGAAUAACCUUUGCUAAUACGUUACUUGAUAUGUACUCUAAAUGUGGUGACUUGAAUGCUGCAAUUCAAGUUUUUGAGAAGAUGGGUGAAAGAAGUGUUGUAUCUUGGACUUCCUUGAUUGCAGGUUAUGCUAGAGAAGGUUUGUCUGAAGGGGCUAUUAGAUUGUUCCAUAAAAUGAGAAGUGAAGGUUUUAGACCAGAUAUUUUCUCUAUUACAACAAUUCUUCAUGCUUGCGCUUGUAGCGGGUCACUGGAAAAUGGCAAGGAUGUGCAUAAUUACAUCAAGGAAAACGAUAUGCAAUCAAAUAUCUUUGUGUGUAAUUCUCUCAUGGAUAUGUAUGCAAAAUGUGGAAGCAUGAAAGAUGCUAACUCAGUGUUUUUGGAGAUGCCUAUGAAGGAUAUUAUCUCAUGGAAUACUAUGAUCGGAGGGUAUUCUAAAAGUGGUCUUCCCAAUGAAGCUCUUAGUCUGUUUUUUGCAAUGUUACAAGAAUUAAAACCUGAUGGGAGAACAAUGGCUUGUAUUCUUCCAGCUUGUGCUAGCCUUGCUGCUCUGGAUAGAGGCAGAGAGAUCCAUGGUUUUGUCCUGAGAAAUGAUUGUUUUUCUGAUCAACAUGUUGCCAAUGCACUUGUUGACAUGUAUAUGAAGUGCGGGGCAUUAGCUCUUGCACGGUUACUAUUUGAUAUGAUUCCCACUAAAGAUCUGAUCUCAUGGACAGUGAUGAUUGCUGGAUAUGGAAUGCAUGGAUUUGGUAAGGAAGCUAUUGCUGCCUUCAGUGAGAUGAGGCAAGCAGGGAUUGAGCCUGAUGAAGUUUCCUUCAUUUCUAUACUGUAUGCUUGCAGUCACUCUGGGUUACUAAAUGAAGGGUGGAGAUUCUUUAACUUUAUGCAACAUGAAUGCAAUAUUGAGCCAAAAUUGGAGCAUUACGCUUGUAUAGUGGAUCUUCUAGCCCGUGCUGGGAAACUGUCAAUGGCAUAUCAAUUCAUAAAGUCAAUGCCAAUUGCACCUGAUGCCACAAUAUGGGGUGCUUUGCUAUGUGGAUGCAGGAUUCACCAUGACGUUAAAUUAGCAGAGAAAGUAGCUGAACAUGUCUUUGAACUAGAACCUGGUAACACAGGAUAUUACGUACUUCUAUCAAAUAUCUAUUCUGAGGCUGAAAAAUGGGAUGAAGUCAAAAAACUAAGAGAGAGGAUUGGUAGGCGGGGUUUAAGGAAAAAUCCUGGCUGCAGUUGGAUAGAGGUCAAGGGCAAAGUUUGUAUAUUUGUUGCCGGAGAUGGUUCACACCCACAAUCCGAGAAGAUGGAAUCUCUAUUGAAUGAGUUAAGAUCAAAGAUGAAGGAAGAAGGCUACUUCCCUAAAAUGAAAUAUGCUAUGAUUAACGCAGAUGACCUAGAGAAGGAAAUGGCUCUGUGUGGGCAUAGUGAGAAAUUGGCCAUGGCUUUUGGAAUAUUGAACUUACCGCCUGGCAAAACGAUUCGAGUAACCAAAAAUUUAAGAGUCUGUGGGGACUGUCAUGAAAUGGCGAAGUUCAUGUCUAAGAUAACGAAAAGGGAGAUUGUAAUGAGAGAUUCCAAUCGUUUUCAUCAUUUUAAGGAUGGUGCUUGUUCUUGCAGAGGUUUCUGGUAAAUCAUGUGGGAUUAGGAGUUUGAAUGUAACAGAGCUUAUCAUAGCUACUUGGAGGUUUACUCUUAUUUAUUGGUCAGUAAAGUGUCGUAUAUACUGGUCAAGAUAACCAUUUUGCAGAUGAGGAAUUUAAGUAGGUUCCCUGUUGUAACCUUGGGGAAACUGAUCAUCAGUUCAAAUUUGUAUUGUAUAUUACUGAGAAACUGAAAGCCAUCCCAUUUCUUUUUCAUGAAUAAGAGAGAGAUAAUGAAUGAUGGAGAUUACAAAAAUGGCAUUCUUGUGUUGUGCUC